AUGAUAAAUUCAACAACUUCGAAAUUUGACGAUAAUGAUAUUAAUGAUGAUGACUUACUAGCUGCCUGUGAUGAUGUUCCUUUAAAAAAACCAGAUACAAUCGUUCCGAUCGUUGAAGUAGCAUCGUUCGAAUUUCCAUUUGAACCAUAUCAAAUUCAAAUUGACUUUAUGCGUGGUCUUUAUUCAACUAUUCAACAACGUAAACAUGGUAUUUUCGAAUCACCUACUGGCACUGGCAAAAGUUUGAGUUUAAUAUGUGGUUCAUUGAGAUGGUUAUUUGAUGAAAUACAAUCGUGGAAAGAUGAAUACGAAGAAUUACUAAAACCCAUUGAAACUAAAAAUGAAACAAGUUCGGAUGAUUGGUUAAAACGGUUAAUGAAACGUAAAGAAGAAGAAACUGCAAGAGAAAAACGACGAGAAGAAUUAAAAGUGAAAAUUGAUCUUGAAGAUCAAUAUGCAAAUGCUGCAAAGAAUACAUUAGCAGCUAAUAUAAAAAAAACGAAGCGAGAUUUUGAUGCAAAAUAUAGAGAUUUAUUUAAUAGUGAAUUACCUUCAAAAUUUGAUGAUGAUAAUUCAUCGUUAUCAAAAGAUCAAUUUAAAAUCGAUAAUGAUGAUGAAUUGAGUGAUGAAGAAUUAAUCAUAAAAGAUAAUGAUCGUAAAGUAUUAUUUGAUGAUAUGGAUUCACCAACAAAAACUGAUCCAACAGGUUUACGAGAAAAAAAAGCUCAUGUUCAAAAAAUUUUCUUUUGUACUCGUACACAUUCACAAAUAUCACAAUUCAUUGGUGAAAUUCAAAAAACAAAAUAUGUUGAUAAAUUACGUUUAGUAGCACUUGGAUCACGUCAAAAUUUAUGUAUUAAUGAAUCGGUACUUAAAUUGAAAUCAUUAACAUUGAUUAAUGAAAAAUGUCUUGAUUUACAAAAACAAAAAAAAGAAAAAAAAACAACUAAAGGAAAACGACAAAAAACAGCUUGUGGUUGUUCAUUUCUACAACAAGAUCGAGUUGAAUGUUUAUCGAAUGAUAUUCUUAGUGAUGUACAAGAUAUUGAAGAUGUUGUUAAACUUGGCCGUGAAUUAAAUACAUGUCCUUAUUAUGCAACACGAGCAGCUAUUGCAGCUGCUCAUCUUGUUGUUUUACCUUAUCAAACUUUAAUGCAUAAAUCAACACGAGAAGCAUGUGGAAUUGAAAUGCGUGAUAAUGUUGUAAUUAUUGAUGAAGCACAUAAUUUACCGGAUGCUAUAUGUGCCAUGCAUUCGAGUGAAAUAAAUGGAAAUCAACUGAUCGAUUCCUAUGGUCAAUUAUCACGUUAUCAUGAAAAAUAUAAAGCUCGUUUAACAGCAAAAAACUUACUUGCAAUUAAACAAUUAUUAGAUGUACAAAUCAAUUUAAUCAAAACACUUUGCGCACAAGAAAAUUUGCCAACAGUAUAUGAUAGUGAAAAAUGGAGUAAUCUCAUUAUUUCAUCAAAUAAAACAGAAACUUCUUCAACCUUUGAUUUAAUUGAUUAUUUAUCGGAUGCUGGAAUAUAUGUUAAUCUAUUUCAACUUAUUGAUUAUAUUAAAACAAAUGAAAUAAUUAAAAAGUUACAUGGUUUUAUGUCAAAAUAUCCUAUAAAUAAAAAUCAACUAUCAGAAGAAAAGAAAACCAAUGAAAGUGCAUUACAGAAAUUAUUACAAAAACAAACACAAAAACAAUCACAACCAAAUAUUCUUGAUGAAGAACAAUUAAAUAAAGAAUCAACUGAACAACGAAUCUCAAACUCAUUUGCUAUUUUUGCAUCAUUUCUCGGAGCACUAACACAUCCACGUGAUGAUGGAAAAAUUAUUCUCAUUAAGAAAGAAACUCUUGGACAAUGUUCAAUCAAAUAUUUUGCUCUUAAAACUUCAUCAUUCUUUCAUGAAAUUGUUAAUGAAGCACGUUCGGUUAUUGUUGCUGGUAAUUUUGAUUCAUAG